AUGCCACCUUCGGCAGAAACAAUGACCGCUGCGUCCGCCACAACAACUGAUAAUAAUGCAAUGAAUCAUAAUAAACCACCACCCCUCAGCACAACACCUAAAAUCAAGGCUCCCAAAAGCAUGGUGGAUGCCUUGGAAUCCUCCGAUGACCCCUAUCAAGCGCUAUUGGCUUUGAGUGAAGCAAGUCAUGUCAAAGCUCUAACGCUCGCUGAAAAUUUAAAGUCCGAACUCAGUCAAUUCACCAUUGAACUGCCCGAAUUGUUGCACCGAUUGCCCAACCUGAAAGAUGUGGAUUCUCAUCCCGUUUCCACUGGAAUUGCGUGCACGGAUUCCAUCUUGCAGUCUCUUUCCAAAAUUGCUUCUGGGGGUUCGCAGGCCUCUCAAGAAAUCAAACAACUCGAAGAUGAAAAGCGGGAUUUGGAAGAACAUGCCCAAGAUGUGGAAACGGCACUUAUUUUGAGGAAAUCCAGUGACAUGGCAUCCCAAUCCUUGUCGGCGGAACGGUAUGAAGCGGCCAGUCAAGCCAUUGCCACCUUUUUAGAAAUGAAACAACAAGACAAAUUGACGGACCGCGCCAAACAAUAUGCAGGCGAAUAUACCGUCUCGCAAUUGGAAUCCACCCAUGCCAGUCUAAGACAAACCAUUUUGGAACACUACCAAGAGGCGGUUGAAAAAUCAGACGUCAUGGCACUGGGAAAGCUCACACCCUUGGUCCAAAUGGUCCAAAUGGAACAAGAAGCCGUGGCUCUCUAUGUCCGAUUCCUCAAGGAAAUCUUGGUCAGUGAACUUGCCAAGGCUUCCCAAACCUCCGACAAGACGUCGCCCCAUGUCAGCAUGGCCCGGGUCUACAAUACGGCCGUGACUAUUUUGAGACAUCACCUGCCCAUGGUCUCCCAUUGUUUGCAUCGAGCCGAUGGAGAUGCCGCCGUGGUGCAACUCGUGCAUUUGCAAGUGGAACAGGCCGUGUCUCCACUCUUUGCGCGUUACAUCCAAACCAAACAAUUGGCCGUCUCGGCCAACAGCGCCCAACGAAUUUACGAAGCACUGGAAAGCAGAUACAAGAGUAGUCUCAUGGAAGACGAAGAUUUGCAAGACGAUUGUGGCUUUUCGUCACUGGUGGGCAGUCUGGCCGAUGUCGAUGCGGCCAUGGAAGAAGCCGCCCUUUGUUUGCAACAUGCCGAAUCCUAUGUGAGAUUCAUUGAACACUCGGUCAAGGAAGUCAACAAGGCUAGAGGGAUGCGCUAUCAACAGCAACAGGAACAAGCCAGACGCGAAAAGGAACGCAAGGAAUGGGCCACUGGCAUGGCCGCUGGAAGCAACAAAGAUGAUGACUUGGAUACGGAAGAAGAUUUCGAUCAACUCUAUGCCCCGUUGGAAAUCUUGCCGGCUCACACCAAGUUGCACGAAGAAGUGGCCGAAGUGGGAGGAUACUAUUCCGUCAUUGAACGUUGUCUCCUCUUGGCAAGUAUGCAGCGUGCCUUUUCUUCCAUGGACGAGGAGAAUAUUCGACACUACACUCCCCUCAGCUUGCCCACUAGCAAUAAUAAGCGGGCCUUGCAAACCUCCAUUGUCGAAAAUAGCUUGUAUGCGGCCCGUCGUGGUACCCAACGAGCCUUUGCAACGGGACACACGGGGACGGCGUCGGCCAUGGCCAACUUUUGUUCGGACUGCUUGCGGGGCGUCUUGGUGGAUUAUUUGAGUCGACGUGCCGAAGACAUUGGUGUUGCUUCCCUAAAGCCAGGAGAAGGAUUGAUUGCUGGUUCGGCGGGUAUCUUCAACGCCAGUAAUUUGAUUCGGACCGGACAGAAUGUCGGUGUCGGGGCCAGUAAUUUGAUGAUUCGGACUGGACAGAAUGUGGGAGUUGGUGGUGCCAACAAGGGUAAAGACCCAGCCCAACGUCGACGAGAAAUUGAAGAAGGCAUUGCUGCAGCCUGUGCUACCUUUAAUGAUUUGGAUGUGGCGGCCCAUCAUACCAAGGAAUUGGAACAGUUGUUGCUCCAAUCCGUGGACAGGGGCUAUCCACCGAACAUUCCUGUGACGGAACAAUUGCGCAUGUGCGUCAAGGAAUUGGAGCCAGUGACCGAGGUAUUUCAGCUUUCGGCAACCAAUGCCAUUGAAUCCUUGGUAUCCGUCAUGAAACCUCGUAUCCGUGCGUUGGUCACCGAUGCUGUGGGGGAUGGCAGUAAUGCUGGAUUCAGUACCGUCAUGGGAGGUGGCAAUGCUUCCGAGCGUCACAUGGUCCGCAUGAAUUACGAUUUGGAUGAAGAAGCCUAUGAAUUGUUGGAAGUCUCCGAAGGAUACAUUUCCAGACUCUGCACUUGUUUGGAUGACCUCAUUAGUCCACUUUGCUCCCGCUUGGCAGAUCGAUUGACGGAUGUCUUGCUCUUGGAAGUUUUGGGUACUGUUUGCAAGCGAUUGGAAGUAUCGUUGAAAAAAUGCCAAUACACGUCCUUGGGAGCCUUGAGCUUGGAUUCCGACAUUCGGGACUUUGUCAAUUAUUCCAAAGACCGCUUGGCGUCGCACGAAUUUCAAUCCAAUGUGGCCUUGUACAAGGCGUGCGCUCCGCUCUCUAGAUUGGUCCAAAUCUCCAAAAUAGUGAAUGUGGACGAUUUGGAAGACGUCUUGGACUUGGUGAAUGCCUCCAAGCGAAAAGGAAUGUGGGAUUUGUCCUCGGAGGAUGUCAAGUCCUUUCUCAGUCUGCGCAAGGAAUUUGAAGAAGACCGAAUCAAUCAAUUGCUGCGACUUUCCGACGAUGAUUAA